AUGCUUAAAUUAAUACAAAUCACAAUAACCCCAUUAAAUGUAGUUUGAAGCCAUUGACAGAUUUGACGGCACAGUUACAAGGUUACCUCGAAGCUUUUAUUUUGACAAGGAAGUUUAGACCGGAAGUUAUGUUCAGGAAGUUUAAUUGUUGCUUGCGUCACGGAGCACAGAAGGAAAUGGCAAUGGUUUCGGGGAAAGUGUGUGGAUAAGUUUCGUUAUUUUUCUGAUUAUUUACUCACAUUGAAAAAUGUCUGGUCUAUCCAGAACGGAACAAGAGGGUUGCAGGAAAAUGCUAGGCCGUCUGCAAGCUGCCGAUUUAAUUUCACUCUGUGAUACAGUCACAAACAGGUUGAUUGUGGUGGAAAGCGCAAGAGAGGCAAUGGACGCUAUCCUCACAUACAGUCAGAGUGCUGAAGAAUUGCUGAAGCGAAGGAAGGUGCAGCGUGAUGUUAUAUUUAAAUACCUGGCCAGUGAGAACGUUGUCGUGCCUCCCAACGCCGAGAAGAAUCAGCUUGUUAGGACAACCCUUCAGUUUUGGGGUUCAAAUGUGAUGGCCUCAACGACAGGGGACAACAAAAAGGAUGUUCCGAGUGCCACAGAGGUGAUCAGUGCGUGCGACGUCUACGCCCUCGGAAAGCAGUUCGGCCAGUGGUUCUACCAGCUGCUGAACACCCAGAACCCCACGCUGGGUCAAGCGCCGCAAGACUGGGGUCCCCAGCAUUUCUGGGAGGACGCCCAGCUAACGUUUUCCUACAGCCGCGGCGUGCCGCAAACGGACCGGUUUCGGGGGGCCGAGCUCGUCAGCCAGCGUUUCCUGGCCCUCGUACGGGAGGAGAGGAUCUUUUUCUGCCCCAACCUGGAGCCCCACGGGCUCAUGUGCGACGCCUCGCCCCACGGGCCGGUGAUGGUGGCGGUGGCCGGGACCGUCCACCGCGAGCGGGCCUGUCUGGGCAUCUUCGAGCAGGCGUUCGGCCUCGUACGCUCCCCGCUGGACGCCAACAGCUGGAAGAUCAAGACCAGCCACUUGAAAAUUAGACGGCAGAGUGAAGUCGCUGGAGAGGAGGAGAUGACCUCGCCGGCAGUGACGUACAACUCAGAGGAACUCCUGGCGCUGUGCGAAUGAGCAUUCUAAUGCGCCUUUUGUAGUUUCAUGUGGGUGGAUCUACAAACGGGGGCAAACGGGGUGAAACGUGGGCACCUUGCGCAAAUGGUUUUAUGUUUAUUCUCCUGGAAUGGUGCUACGGAGGACAUUUUUCUUUUUGGAAAACUUUUAUAUUUAAGAAUGCAUCAUAAACCUCUUAUUUCCUGAUUUUACUUGGGGUUGAUUUUAUGCUUAGCGCAGUUCAAAAACUAUGUAAAAAAUGAUUUUGCACCCUGUAUAUGCAAUCACCGUGGCCUUGAUGACAUUUCUUGAUGGCAUACCGCAGGUGGGGACCUCAAGCGUAGUGUGUCUUGCUAAAUUCACAAUAGACUAUUAAUUCCCAUAUUGCAAAAGUGCGAUGUGUCAUUAAAGUCUGAAUUUUGCAUA